UUUGCUAAAAUCACGUGACUUUGGCCAGUUUGAAACAAGCUCCGAACAAAUGAUUCGAAACAAAAGAUUCAUUAAUGUUUCAAAGCCUCAAGAAGCAGUGCUUGGAAUUCGCCCAUCACUAUUUGGCUCUCGUUCUUGAGUCACGAGGCGUUAAACGAUAAAACGAUUAAAAGGAAAGAGCCGGAGUGGGAUCAGCUGUUGAAGACUUUCUGUCCGUGUUUGUAUAUUCUGGUGGAAUAUAAAGUUAAUGCAAGAUUUGUUUUUCAGAGCUCAGAAAAUGUCAAGCGUUGUGAGUUAUAGUUUACUGUUGGUGAUCUGUUUCAGUAGCUACUCAUUACAAGAUCCACAUUUGAAAGGUACGAUGAUAGAGGGGCAUCUUGGUGGAAACGCCAGCAUCCAGUGUUCUACUGAAGACAACAAUCAGCAUGGGGUUUACAUGUAUAGAAUGAAACCAAAUGAAACAAAACCACAGGAAAUCUUCUACUUUUACCAUGAUGGCACUUUAACUCAUAAAGAUGCAAAUGUCAACAUAACAAAAAGUGGUACAUUUCUCGACUUCACCAUCACCUUCUUCAACCUGACUGUGACAGACACCGCCCUGUACUGGUGUGAAUUUAAUUAUGAAGAAAAAAUCACGUUUAGCAUGAUCACAGGUUUAUCAGUUAAGGUUGCUGAUGGAUGCAUUGUAUUAUUGGAUCCUCCUGAAACCACACAGUCUGUCACAAUUGAUAAUGAUGAUGAAGAGACCACAUCUGCUGUGACUGAUUUCGAAAGUGCUGGGCGACCCACAGAGUUGUCUGCAAAGGAGCUGUAUAAGGUCCAUCUAUUAAGGCAAAUUAAAAAAACUGAUAUGGACAUGGACCUUAUACAGCUUCAGCUAGAGGAGAAAAGGCUGGCCAUUAAAAAGGCCAAACUUGAAAUAGAAUUACUGGAGCAUCGCCUUAAGGAUAAGAAGAAAUAGAGCAUCAAAUAAAGUGAUUUUGACAAAUCAUGUCUCUAAGCAUUCUGCCAUCUCUGUGGUCUGCUAGAUUAAAUGGGUGUAUAUCUAGGUCAUUUUCAUCAGGACAGGGGGGAUGCCUUUAUCCCAGUGGCGGAGCUAGACUUUUAAAACAGGGGUGGCAAAGGGGUGGCGAGGUAUUAUUUUGGGGGGUCAAUAUACAAAGUGUUCAAGUACACUGUAUAUAGAUUAAAUUAAAGUUGUUUAUUUUCCAAAAUGUACACAAUUAUAUAUGUAUUAAGUAUACAGCAAAAAUAGAACAACUGGGAUCUGUUUGGCCCUGAUCUGCACCUGACUUUUGCUUCUUUAUAAAGAAGUUGGUAAUAUCGUCCCUAUAGUUACACACCUCAUGAAGAAACCAACAUUUUGAACAAUUUGCUUAUUAUUUACCAUAAGUAAACCGUUACUAAUAAUACAAAUAUUAAAAUAAUACACUACGACAAAAUCUGAGUAUAUUGAGGUCUAGCCUAUUUGACAACACAAGGAAAAUUGCUUACAGACAUCUAGACAUGUUAUGUUAAGGGAGGAGGGAACGAGUUUCCGUUAACUUUAAUGUACUUAUGUAAAUAGACUUCUGUCCCUCACAUUAAGCUAUGGAAUGGCUUCAGAUGACUUUGUGAAAUUAUAAUCCAACCCUCUCAGACCCAAGUCACCCAAACUGACGUUUAAAAAGCGUGAGGCGCCGAAAGCGCGCUGUUUACAACCCUGUUCUAUAUCCACGGUCGUUUUAUUAAGUUCAAUAUGCUGCAUUACACGUGACAAUAUGAAUAAGCCUACCCGAUUAUUGCUGAACAUUUGCUAACGACAAGUUUUGUAUUGUUUUAAGCAUCUUCAUGCAGGCGUGACAGUAUUAGUCAGUUUCACAAGACUAGUAAUGCUCAUUGAAGUAUUUAUGCUAAGCACUACAGUGCAAUGUCUUCCUUACUUCCCGUUAAAACAGUACUUCGUUUAAUUUAAUACCAUCAAAAGCCUUACAUACCAGCAAAACGCUCUUCAUCGAUCAUGUGCGUGUUGGCGCGUUAUGUUUUGGAGUACGAAGGAGCUGCGUGUCAGCUUAACCAAUAGGCUUGUUCGACGUCAUGCGGCGCCGCGAGAAUAGACAGCUGCUUUACGUCAAAGUACGCGAAACUUUGACAUCAUCCGGCAGUCGGUUCUUGCGGCGACGCAUGAAGUCGAACAAGCGUAAUGAAAAGAUAGCAGCAACACCACGCUUGUGCGUGCUGCGUAGGAUGCAUUCACGUCCGCUGGGAGAUUUGAGAAAUGUUCGUAAAAAUCAAACAAAGUAAUGUUUUCAGCGGGGGUGGCAACAGGGGUGGCAAGGACUUCGUCUGGGGUGGCAAUUGCCACCCCAAAUAGUCCUCUGGCUCCGCCACUGCUUUAUCCUCUUAUUGUGGAGUACCACACAAGCAACUAUGAUGUAACAUGCCCUAUUUGGACUGACCCUGAGCCCCGAAGACACUGAAACCUCGCCUUCAGAAUGCAUUGUCAUCUCCACCUUGGCCCGUGUUCUGCUGUGAGACCGGUUAAAGCGUGUCUGGGCUCAGGAUCAGGGGAAGGCAAGGGUAUCCUCUGUCCCCCAGCAAGUAACCAUAUAAGUGUCCUGUAAUGUUUGAGUUGUUUUAUAAAUGUAAUAAAGAUUACAAGCAUGUGUCUAACAAAA